AUGGCUGUGCAUGAGACGAGCCAGGAAAACAAUGCUGUUGAUGAGAAAAUGGAUUCUAAUGACGGAACUCAAACUCUGUCUGAAAAGCAUGAUGCUGUGGGAGAUAUUUCUGAUGUGUCUGAUUCUGUAGAUGGAGUGGCUGAAGGGCUACAGCUGGAUUCAGAAGACAGAGAUAUUAGUCCUGUUAAUUGGGACACUGAUGGAUCGGAAGUUCAACCUCCAACUGAGGCCUGUAACAAUGGCAUAUGUGGUGUUUCAUCCAAACAAAGUGGAAUGUCUGCUAAACGGUGCAACUCGGCGAUAGAUGAUAGCUCUUCAAUGUGUUCUUUCGAUUCUUUGCCACCAUCAGUAGUCAUGAUUGACCCCUACAUGGGAACACCUUUUCAAAUUGUGAAGUCCUGA